UACAGUUCUUCUUCUCUGUCACUGGAGUUCAGAUACACAUUCAGCCACCAUGGCUGCAAGCAAAGAGAAAGGCUUAGAUUUGUUUCCGGAGUACAAGAUGGACUACAAGCGACGAGGCACGGUCCUCAUCUUCAAUCAGGAACGCUUCUUCUUGACGUUAAACCUGAGGGAACGCAGUGGCACAGCUACAGACAAAGAAAACCUCACUGAAAGAUUUCAACAGCUUGGGUUUAAUGUGGAAACCCACGAUGACUUAAACAAGAAUGACAUGAUGGACAAAUUACGAAAAGCCGCUAAAGCUGACCACAGAGAUGCUGACUGCUUUGUGUGUGUUUUCCUGAGUCAUGGGGAAGAUGGUCAUGUCUAUGCCCAUGAUGAUAAGGUUGACAUUAAGGAAAUAACAGCACUCUUCAGAGGAGAGCAGUGCAAAAGCCUUGUUGGAAAGCCCAAGAUCUUCAUCUUCCAGGCAUGCCGUGGUGACACCACUGACAUGUCUGUGACUGGGAUGGCCCGAGUUGAAAAUUCCAGUUACGCGGAGGAGGACGCUGCCAGUAUCUACACACUCCCAGCAGGGGCAGAUUUCCUCAUGUGCUACUGUGUAGCUGAAGGAUUCGUUGCCUUUCGCCACAUAACACUUGGCUCAUUCUACAUUCAAGACUUAUGUGAAACCCUGCAACAGCAAAGCUCAACUCUAGAGUUCACCGAGCUCUUGACCCUUGUGAACUUGAAGGUGUCCAGACGCACUCAUGGAAACAAGAAACAGAUGCCCUGCUUCACCUCCAUGCUCACCAAGAAACUCUACUUCAGGCCCAAAAAGGAGUGAACGGUCUGACUAUCUGAAUCUUCAUUGACACAGAGCUGGAGAAAAGUGAUAGUACUCAGUCUUCUUUACUCCGACUCUCGCAAAAGCAGUAAAAAAUCAGCAACACUACGAGGUUUCUAUUACAUAUUUGAGUCAAUAAAUUUUCACAUUUGGUACUAUUAUA